CGACGUUAGCAAGAGGAUAAUUUCGAAAAUUGGGAAGCCUAUAAGUACAAGCUGGUCGUCAUGGGCUUCGGUAGACAAAACAGAUUCGAUCCUUAUCCCUCCAAACUACAGGAAGCUGAGUUGAGUUUUGCGAACGAGACAGACAACGCAGGCAUAGUUGCAUUACGAAGUGGAGGAGCUAAAACUUGUUCAGGAGACGACGGCGGCCCAAUCGUGAAAGUGAGGAAGAGCUCGGACAAGGUCAAGUGCAUCUUUGGUGUUUCCUCAACAUACGUUGGAGAUUGUACAACCACACUACCCAACUACAGUUACGUCAUCAGAGCCAGCUUCUAUUCGGAUUUCGUGAAAAAAGCGCUGAAAACAAAAGAGUGAACUGUAGCUGGAAGUUGGAAUAUUCUAGAACUUUCAUCAACAAUAAAAGCAAAAAAACGUAGUUGAGGGUAAAAUACGAAUCAUAAAUACGGAGCUUUGUUUCUUUCGUUUAAAUUGUUGAGAUGAUUCUGACUUUUCAAGAGGUAUGGAUCAUAAAA